GCUAAUCAACAGCUCGAGCCUCUGGCAUGAAAUCGUGUCGUUUUGCAUCUAAAGGUUCUUGGAAAUAAACACAUUUAAUGACAGAAGCGAUGAUCAUUAAAGCCGUUGGAUCGUCUGCCUGGAUCAGGGCGCUGCCGCUGCUGCUGUUUUGUUUAUCGAGUUUGUCUCAUGGACAGAUUUCAUACUCCAUCUCUGAAGAGGUAAAAAAGGGAACAUUGGUUGGAAAUAUAGCCAAGGACCUUAACGCUGAUGUUACUGAACUGCAAUCUCGUAUGAUUCAAGUUGUUGCUGGAUCUAAUAAGAGGUAUUUUGACAUAAAUUCCAAAACCGGUGCUCUAAUUGUUAACGACAGAAUUGACAGAGAGAAGCUGUGCAAGGGUAAGCAGAGAUGUUCCUUAAAUAUCGAAGCAAUGGCACAUAACCCUUUGACCCUGUACCGCAUUGAGGUUAAUAUUCUAGACGUUAACGACAAUUCGCCAGUUUUUCCAGUUCAGACGCUUCAGUUGAAUAUUACUGAAAAUGUUCUUGCUGGAGACAGAUUUUCUCUACAUUUGGCUGAUGAUAUGGAUGUAGGCGUGAACACGGUGAAGAGCUACAAGCUCAGUCUGAAUGAAUAUUUUUCACUGGAUGCACAGGACACGGGAGAAAGUGUUUCAGCAGAACUAGUGCUGCAGAGAGCUUUAGACCGCGAGAAACAAUCCGUGAUAAAGCUAACCCUGACCGCUGUAGACGGUGGGAAACCACCCAGAUCUGGCACGUCAGAGAUAAUAGUUCACGUACUGGACAUUAAUGAUAACAACCCAGUGUUUAGUAAACCUCUCUAUAAAGUUAAAGUCCACGAGAAUGCACCCGUUGGUAGUAAAAUCCUGACGGUCUCCGCUACGGAUGCUGAUGAAGGCGUUAACGGUGACGUAGUGUAUUCUUUUGUAGGCCGUGACAGAAACACUUUAGUCAAUUUAUUUUCUAUAAAUCCGAAUUCAGGUGAUAUUACAGUAAGAGGCCAUAUUGAUUACGAGGAAAAUCCUGCAAUUGAAUUGAGAGUACAAGCUCAAGACAAGGGCCACUCUCCAAGACAUACUAACUGUAAAGUUUUAAUAGAAGUACUAGAUGUGAAUGACAAUGCACCUGAGAUUUUAGUUACUCUGCUCAUGAGAUCGGUACCUGAAAACAUCAAACCUGGCACAGGUUUUGCAUUAAUCACAGCUGCAGAUAAAGACGGAGGGGCGAAUGGGAAAGUGGAUUGUAAAAUAACGGAAACGAGUCCUUUUAAACUGCAAUCGUCAUAUAAAAACUCGUAUUCGGUUGUAGUUAAUGAGCCACUGGAUAGAGAAGAAAUUUCCGAAUAUAACAUCACGAUUCAUGCUAAUGACGAGGGCACGCCAACGCUGUCUAGCACUACUGUUUUACAUAUUCACGUCUCGGAUGUGAACGACAACGCUCCACUCUUUCCGGCACCGAUAAUAAACAUUAACGUGCAUGAGAAUAGUCCAGCCGGAGGCUUUAUAUCUACUCUGACAGCGCAUGAUAGAGAUGCAAAGGAAAACGCGCACAUUUCUUAUUCUUUGAUUAAUGGAGAAACUGCUAUUGUAUCGGUAUCAACACUGAUGAACAUAAACUCACACACUGGUGAACUCUACAGCUUGCAGUCACUUAAUUAUGAAGAAAUAAAAUACAUUCAGUUUAAAGUUCAAGCCACUGACUCUGGUGUUCCUCCACUAAGUAGUAACGUGACUGUGAACGUUUUUAUCCUGGAUGAGAAUGACAACAGUCCAGUUUUUCUCCCUCCUUAUUCUGAACCCGGACCAGUAAACAGUGAGAACAUUCCCUACUCUGCUGAAGCGGGGUAUUUUGUGGCUAAAGUCAGAGCUGUAGAUGCUGAUUCAGGUUAUAAUGCACUAUUAUCAUAUCACAUAACCGAAUCAAAGGGAACGAAUCUCUUCCGAAUCGGAACCAGCACCGGAGAAAUAAGGACUAAAAGACGAAUGAGUGACAACGACUUAAAAGCUCACCCUCUUAUCAUUACUGUCUCGGAUAACGGAGAACCUUCACUGUCCACAACUAUGAGUAUUGAAGUUGUGGUUGUGGAAAAUAUGGACAGUCUGCAGCCUUCACUAAGACAAGUGCCAGUAAAGGAGGAGAAUUUUUCAAAUCUGAAUCUCUAUUUGCUCAUCGCUAUUGUCUCAGUGUCCGUGAUAUUUUUACUGAGCCUCAUCGCUUUAAUAGCAGCUAAAUGCUACGGGACAGAUGGCGGUUUCAGCAGGUCCGGCGCUCAUGUGGUCACUACACACCCUGAUGGGAGCUGGUCUUACUCUAAAUCCACUCAGCAGUAUGAUGUGUGUUUUAGUUCAGACACACUGAAGAGUGACGUAAUAGUUUUUCCCUCAUCGUUUCCGCCUGCAGACGCAGAACUGAUCAGCAUUAACGAAGGAGACACUUUUAACAGGACGCAAACUCUUCCUAGCACUGGGAAGGUAAGGUUAUAA